GAGAAUUAUUCAUGAGAAUACCAGUCUGAGAGAAAACGAUGAUUAUGGAGUAUGGUAUUUUCCCCUUUAGUUUCGAUCCUACGUGUCGCUUCUACAACACACUGCUUGACCAGCAAAGCCGGCUAUGCAAUCACAUAAAGAAUCUCCAAAAGAUGUUACAGAGACUCGGUAAACUGAACAGAUGUUCUCUCAUUGCACAUCUAACGGGAAAUUCUUUAAGUGCAGCAGGAGCAAUUAUAGCCAUAGUGGGGCUGUCUUUGAGCCCUGCAACUCUAGGAGCCUCCCUCUUGGCUUCUGGGGUGGGUUUAGGAGUGGCAGCUGCAGGAGGGGCUGUUUCCAUUACUUCAGACCUUUCUUUAGUGCUCUGUAACUCCAAGGAGGUGAGAAGAGUAAAAAAGAUUGCUCUGACUUGUCACAAUCUGAUGAAGGAAACAAUGAAUUGCUUGGAGUUCCUGCACCGUAGUUGGAAUCCCACCGACCCUUUCUUAUUGCAGACUGAAAAAAAUGCUUCUAUUGCCCUUUAUAAUUCUGCCUGCUUCCUGGUGUUCUGCGGUCCUCAGGGCUUUCUGGUGCCUGAACACACAGAAGAGGAGACAAAAGUGAGCCAUAUCCUACUUAAGGCAAAAAUCCAAAAACUGGCUGAAAACCUAGAAGCCUGUGCAAGACACAUGGAGGAAAUCUGCAAGCUUUUAGAAAGACGGAAAGCAUGUUCCUGGAGGACAAAAGGAUUAGUAUGUUGACAUGGGAUCAAUGGUCAGAAUGACUCUGCAAUAACACCAAGUCUUCUUGAAAAAUUAAACCUGGGCAUAAAAAUGAUGAAUGCUGGUACUGUAAUUUAAAAUUAGGAUUUUAUGUACCUCAGAAUUUUGUCUAUGCCUUUCCUAGGAUUUGCAAUUAUCUGCACCCUACUAUUUUGUUUUUAUUUUUUUGCUGAUCAACGUAACAUGCAGAAAUCGUGGUUGUAUCAGUUGUAGCCUAUACUUUCAGCACAUUUCAAGGGAAGUUGUUUGUCACGAAGCACCAUACUUGGGUUUUCUGGGCAGGAAAAGUUUUCCAAAUGUUUGAAUGAAUGAUAGCACAGUAAGCUGAACUUUCCUUAACACAUGAAAUUUCAAUCAAUGUUUCACAAUAGGAGGAAAAAAUGGACGGGAAUAAUUUUCAGAGCUCUGACAGUAAUUGUAUUUGAAUGCUCAAGGGGUCAUGAUGGAAUAUGCCAACAUAGACAAAAAUAAUUGGCAAGUCCAAAACCCGUUGAACUAUGAGAAUCAGAUAGAUAAGCAAAGCCUAAAUAUUUCUGAACUUUUCUUUAUGAUGUUCUCCUUGCAGAUAGAAAUUUGUCCUACAAGUAGGGUUAGAACUGAAUCAUUUCUUUAUUUCAUUUCUAGAAUUUACAAUCUUUGUCUCAUUUGUCAUAGCUAUCUUUCAUAUACACUUUUUACACAUGUGCCAGAAUAUCAUGUAGUUUUAUAUUUAUUUAUAUGGGUUAAUAUUAUUGAACUCUUUGUUUAAAAGAAUAAGAACAUUGUCAACACAAGAUAAAAUAAGAUAUUCUUCAAAAUAUCUGAGGCAACAUUUUUAAAUUGCUUGAAGUCAUUUUCUUUGUCAAUAUUUUCAUUCAAAAGACAUGAUAAAGAAGUCAGAUAAAAACUAGGUUGCAAACCAAGAAUUUUCCCCAAAAAAAUUCUGUUAAAAUUUCAUUUGAAGAAUUAUUUUAAGAGAUCAUCUCCCUAUGCAUUUAUAUUCAGAAACAUUUUACUAGAAUGUACAAAAAUUAUAAUUUUUUAAAGAAAAGCCUUUGCAGAUUGAAUCUUUUAAUAAAAACUGUUUUUGUGUUCACUAACUUCACUGUAAAGAUGCUACUCUUCACUUAGUUGAUUAAUCAUCAGUUUUCUAUCUCAAAAUAUUGUUGAAUAGAAGGCUAAGAAAAAAACAACAACCCUAAAGCAAAGAUGGUGAGAAGCUUUCCUCAAAGACUUUUUCACAAUGGAAAAGCCUGUUAGCCAAGCAUUUUUCUUUCUUUUUCUUUUUUCCAUUUCUUUUACAAAAGAUAAGGCAUGCCGGGAUCAAAAGAUAACAGAAGAGUUGAGUUGUUUUGUAAUUGAAUACUGUAACUUUCCAGGAUCUUACUAUGUUUGAAAUUCAUUUAAUAUACAAGAAACUACAAUUCAACUGUCCUGAUGGAAAAACUAAGAAUUACUUGGAAUUGAUUUGUGCAUGUUAGAGGGUUUCUUCUUCACACAUCUACACAUAUUCAUGCAAAUAAUUUUGUAGUAAUAUAGCUCCCAAAUCUGGACACCAGACAGGGUCAUCUGAAGAGUUGCAGCCCAAAUCUGGUAGUAGUACAGCCCCCUCCCUCCUCC